CGACGCCAGCGCUCUGGAUGUCGGUCGCCGCUCGCAGUCGAGGCCGAGGCUUGUGGGCUUGGCCAAGGCCUCACCUCCAUCCUCUUUUUGUUUGCUCCACAAAAGAAACCGACUCCGGCUCAGCUUGUGUUCGGUGCCGAUGACGUCAGUUAUUCCAAGUUUUUUCGACAUUUGGUCGAUGGUCAAUUGGGAUGAGACUCGGACGAAGCACAACUACCGUGCACGCCAUUUGAAUGUCCCCAUUUUGAAGUUUGAUGAAGGUGGUCGAGAUAAAGGGCAAGGAGUUCUGUUUCGGGGUAAACAAUGAGCAAUAUCGCUGCGAGAUGGGCUACUGCUGCGGAGAGACCGAAUGCUGCACUUACUACUAUGAGCUCUGGUGGUUCUGGUUGGUUUGGACCCUGAUCAUCAUGUUGAGCUGCUGCUGCGCGUAUCGACACCGCAGGGUGAAAAUGCGGCUGCAGCAGGAGCAACGGCAGCGUGAGAUCAGCCUUAUGGCCUACCAGGGCGCCUCCAGCUCCUUCAUUUCACCUCCACCGCUCAACCUCAGAUUCUGGAAUGACUGCAAGCUUCCCGACUACGAGGAGGUGGUGGGUCAUCCACCCACCCCACCGCCCCCUUACUCUGAAAACCCUCCCGAGGCGGCCCAAGCUCCCUCCGCUCAAGUUAGUCAGCCCGAGCCAGAAUCCUCGCAAGCCGCCCAGCCGGGGCCGGCCGCUGUUGCCUUACACUCCGACCAGGACGCCGCCUCCUCUUCCUCCUCGCCACCGUCCUCGGCUCAGGAGAACCCAGAGGAUCCGCUGCCGGAGGAGGAGGAUGAGCUCAUCACUCGGCGCCGUCACGUGACCGGCGACUCAGGGAUCGAGGUGUGCGUCUGCCAGCUAGACGACGGCUCAGGGCCGGAGGAGGAGAGCGACGAGGAGCGGCGCGUGUGCGGGGCCACCGGCGGGGAAUGCUGCUCCCGCCAUCAGCAACACGCCUUCAGACACAAAGAGCACACCUGCGACAUGGCCAGCCAAGCCACCAGCGCCGGAGACAGCAUGGUGUGAGCCGGCGUGUCUUCUACCAGCCCAGGCCAGCCAAUCCGGUGCGACACUCGACUUUAGCAUUGUCACCGCGGGCGAAUGUCUGUGUUCUCAUCCUCCCGGUUACGCUCAGAUGAUUAUCGUUAACCUCUCGACAUGACGCGCUUAUUUGUCCGUUUCAAGUUUCAUAAAUUUUGCAUUAAGUGAACUGAUUGGGAUUGACAAGGCCACGGGUUCUCAAACUUUUGGGGUCCGGCGAGGAUUUUUUUUUUUUCCCGAGAUGUCCCUCCUAAUUGUAACGCCAGUUGAACGUGAAGAAAAUAUCCUUAGUGAAUUUCAAAAGUACCGCUGUAUUGUAAUUUAUGCCUUUUGGAAAAAAUGCCUUAAUUAAAAAAAAAAAGAAGCCUUAAAAAAUUAAAGACUAAUCCUGUCAUAAUAGAUCUUUUGUGAAAAAAACUUUAUUAAAUCCAGGUAUUUUAGACCAUAUCAUUUAAUUGGCCUAAACCUAAUUAAGACUCCCUUAAUUAGGUUAUGUUAUGAACAUAAAUAACUGCAAAUUAUUACGCAGAGCUCCAAGCUUCAGCCGGUGGAGCCCAGUUUGAGAACCCCUGGACUAGACGACCAACCACCACUUGUGGCCCGCUCCUUCAGUUUGACUUUCAACCAUCCGCUAAGGAUGUUGACCGUCAAGACGCAUACCAGCAAGGUCAACCACAUUUCUUUCUUGUCCCCACUCUGCUGAGCACAUGAGUGGAAAAGAACAUCUUGUGACAGAAUGAACAAAUUACACUAAGCUCAGACAGGAAGAUGGCGCGGUUCUUCAAAUGUUGCUUCUUUAGUCUCCAUCACUCACGUCAAGGGGUGACUUGUGUUUUGACUUGUGUAGUUUGGAGGAAAGGCAUGCUGUUAGUUGGCAUGAUUAGAUCUUGAGUUUUAGUUUUUUUUUUUCUUUUUUGACGGGCUGUAAAUUUUUGGCCCCGGAUAGUUGUGAAGAUGUUGUCAAGUUGCAACGACAUUCUGGUUCCAAGGAUGCCGUCAGGCUUCUCUGAAGUCCGAGCUCUUGGCCCCCGUGAGGGGUUUGUUGUGGUAUUUUCCACUGGCAGUGGAGAGACGAGGAGGGGCAAGGGUUGAGGGGAGAAGUUUGAAGUGGAUGUUGGCAAACCUCAAUUGUGUGCUUCUCUUGCUGUUACGCGUCUCCACAUUGUUAGUACUAAAGUGGUUGGACUGCGGGAAAUAAAAUUUGAAUUCAACAUGUGUUCUCGGCUAGCAGUGGUAAUGGGCAACAUCUUACAAAAACCAAAUUACUUUGAAUGAACGUUAUUGGGUAAACCCCCACUAUAGAGACAAACUAAAUAUUAAUUGAAAUCCCCCUAAAUGAUUCAAAUAGCUAGUUGAAACCAUAAAUAUAUCCCAAAAACAAUGACAGAUAAUUGUAAAGGAAAACAUAUAUAUCCCAAGUUUGACGUUUUCCUUAAAAUUGCAUGAAAUAAUAGCUAAUUUCACAAAUUCUACAUUCAUAAAAUAACAAAAAUAGAGAUUUUUUUUGUUUCAGAAAACUUGUUACGGAAAUGAAGACAACACUGGGGGAAAAUGUUACAAGAAGAAAAUAUUACAGCAAAAGUUGGAACGUUAACAGAAUCAUGAGAUAUUGUCAAGUAUUUUUGUUGCGGAAAAAUAAUUGUCGUUACAAAAAAUUAAAAAUGUAAUUUUUAGUUACAAACAUUUGCCGUUCAUUUUUUUAAGGCAUUUCUCUUCCUUUUCAGUCUGACGCAAAGAAAAACAGCUGUGGAUUAAUCAAACAUACUUUUUUUUUUGUGCGUGCAGAUUUUAAGAUGGCUCUCCAAAAAUUGCUCAUCAUGGCCUUCCUUCGAUUUCAUGUUUACUGAGAUGAUUAAGGGCUAUGUAUAAUCGGUCACGAUCGUCCAUCCACUUUUAAUGUCUGUUGCGAUCCUUUGGAGGCCGCUGGACUUUUUUUUCAAUUGAGUGUGAUCUGAUUGUAAGACCGCAAGUGUAUGUUGGUCGGGCUUAACCAUUUUUUUUUCCUCCUCCCUUGCUUUGCUCAACAUAAAAUUUAACGUAUUCCCUCCUGUCCAUUAAGCCAAAGCAUUUCAUCCUCAUAUCGGAAUGGUAGUUUUCCAUCUGCAGUGUCGCGUAUACUGUACGUCACUUAACCAGGCUAUGCAAAAGAAAAAAAAAAAAGGAAAAAAACAAAAACUUAACUGUUCUAUGCUGCCCUCCCACUUCCUGUCAUGUGGGCACCAGUACUAGCAAUAUAACUCUCAGUACUGUGGCACAACACUGUACUGUAAUCUUUCUUUUUUGUGUCUGUGGACUAUUUGUUAAUUAAAAAAAAAGAAAAAAAAAGUAAUGCUACAGCAACAAUGUAUGUAAACAGGGGCUUCAAAAGGCAAUUUUUGUUUGUGUAUAUAUCAUUUUUACUCCUCUCAUUUGGGGAAAGUAACAACUUACCUUCCUUCUCAACCACUAACAUUUCUGAUUACGUUGCUAGGAAGAAGAAACUUGUGCUUGUUGUUUGGAUUGAUUCGUACUUUGGUGGGUUUGUCACUGUUCCGUCCACUCUUUUGGUGCAUUUAUUGUGUUAAAACAGCGACUUUCUUUUUCCAUAUUUAAACCGAAUGAAUAUCUAACUGAUGCCUUUCAUACUUAGAGACAUACAAUUUUUGUAUCUUGCAUAAUGGAAGACCUCAGUGUGGAAAAAGGAAAUGGACUUGAUUAAGGCGCUGUGGGUGGAUUGGUUUUGUUCCUCUUUCCAAAUAAGACUUCUUCUAUGUUGUUUUCCGC